AUGAUGUCCGUGUGGAUGGGAGCACAUGGAAGAUGUCGAGGCAACUUGGCAAUCUUGGGUUGCGACCAAAGAGGAAGCUCCAGCCCCGAGGCACGGAUAGUCCGCCUAAAGACUGAACCAGGCACAAGCACCAGACAGAGCCCUGGCCCUUCCUCCAGUUCCAAUGCCACCACUGCUGGGUCUUCGAAUAGACCCGUCCAGCCUCCCAAGGUUUGCGACAAGUGUCGACUAAGAAGAAUCAGAUGCGAUUACCAGUCGCCUUGUCAACCAUGCAUAGACGCAAAACUCCAAUGCACCAGAAACCAUGUGCCGCGUAAGAGAGGGCCUAGACCUGGCCGUGGCCGUCUUAUCAACAGACUCAGAGAACGCGAGGCUGGCAAGAAGGAAGAACAGUGUCCAAGCAGUUCUGGAGAUCCGGAGGUAAGCGACGGAGCCCGGUCAAACAAUACCGACAUCUUCCCGCAAAACGCUUCCGUCUCUACCACCUGGGCCUCCGACGUGAGCAUAGCCCCCGAAACAACCGGGCUCUUUGCCAACGAACACAUCUUCCCCUCACGAGGCGCAUUUCUCUACCUUAUUCCCAAAUGUGUAGAACUCUUCUAUCAACACCUGUAUCCCGUCAUGCCCGUCCUGUACAUGCCGGAAAUCCAACGAAUGGACCCGCGAACCUGCGAUCUCCCCGAAAAGAACCUCUUGUAUUCCCUUUCGGCUCUCACCUGUUUUCGCAUGUCUGGCCACAGCCUCGGGGCUGAAGACAGUCCCGAAUUUUGGGACCAGGCAGGCCGUUUCCUCCUCAACGAUUGCUUAGAUGUUAGGAAGCAAUAUGACUUAUAUGAGAACAUUUCGUUGAACACGGUCGUCUCGUCCAUGUUUCUGGCUUCUUCUUUCUUCGAGACUAACCAGAGCACCAAGGCUUGGGUUUACCUGCGCGAGGCCCUGACCUUUGCGCAGGAGCUGGGCUUGGAGGAUGAGUCGACUUACGCGGGUUUGAGUCCAGAGGAGGCGCUAUGUCGGCAGAGGGUGUUUUGGUUGUUGUAUGUUAUGGAACGUUCAUUUGCAAUCCUCCGCAACAAGCCCCUCAUGUUGCGCCGGACACCCAAACUUCCCAUGACCCUUCACGCUUACGAAUCCCGCGGCAUCCACACCGGUUUUCUCCAACUUCUCGGCAUCUACAUUCCCCUUCGUGACUCCAUCAUCGAAGCCUGGACCUAUGGCUCCCACCCCACCGUCGACGUCAAUACCUACCUCGCUCUGCAGAACCAACUUGCUCGACCAGCUGGCAGUUCAGGCGGUUUGUCCAUCCCACAUCCACUUCUUCCUCCCUCUCCCACCAUCGCCGUAUCCUCCGUACAGAUUCCGGUCACCCAAGCCUGCGGCUUCUCCGAUCUCUCGCUCUCAUCCUCAUCAAUUUCGUCUUCGCCUACCGAUCCUGUAGCUCCAGUGGCAGAACCAACACCAUCUCAAACCGCCGAGCUGUUGGUAACCCAGCAGUGGCUCAGACUGAUUAUCUGGCUCUCCUCUUUGCGGCAGGGGUACCUGUCAUGGGCUGCGGAGAAUGAGAGUAUGCAUUUCGCAUUUCCCUUGACGAUCGCUAGGCAAACUGCGUUGGUCUUGCGGUCUCUCCUGCAAAUCGGCUUGGAGGCGAAUGGUAUGGCAGCGCUGGAGGUCAACGGGAUAGGCAUCUUUGAAAAGAUCUUUGAGAUUGGCGCUUGGUGUAUGAAUGUGCUGGAUUCGUACGAUAAAGCCUCUUUGGAGGGGCAAUUUCUUUCCUUACCCAAUUUCGGUCGAAAACACAGCGCAUGCUCUGGAAAGGGCAAGCAGGCUGCCAGGUCAGCAACCAACUCCCCAGCCGAACAGACCAUGGACUACGAGGAGGAAGAUGAUGUCGAUCUGCUCGAUGUUUUCAUGAGGGCACUCAGCGCGACGCCGACUAGCAGGAAGCAAUUCGCUGAGCCCCUUUACAUGUGGGCGACGACGAGACCGGGGGGUAUGCGGAUCAGGUCAAGCCCAGGGUUGCAUCCAGACACCGGUGGCGGUGCUGGUGCCGGUGCCUUUGGUAUGGCACAAACGCAGCCAGGUCUGGCCGGGCAAAUACCGGGACUGGGGCCGGGCCAAGGGCUAGGCCUAGGUCAAGCGUCUGGGAUAGGCGCGGCGCAGGGACACAAUGCGAGUUCGAUGAUGCACCAGCAGCAACAAUUGCAGCAGCAGCAGCCUGGAAUAUGGAGUGCUGCUUCCGCACAUGCUCAUGGUCAAGCACCGCUUGCAGGGUCGGCUACCGGUAGCGGAGCUGGACUCGCACGUCCCAGCGGACCCGGGCCCGGAGGCGGACAAGGUCAGGGGAUGGAAGAUGUCGUCAUGGGAGAUCAACCAUCUCAUCAAGGCCAAGGGUUCAACAUCGAUCCGAGGCUUGGUGCAGGUUCCAACGCGCCCGGGGGAUUGCAAUUUGCCCGCCAACCCCUUCGUCCCAACGCACCACACCUGCCCAGUCCGCUGCCCGGUCAAUUCGGCGGAUCACCUACGUCCCUGUACAACGUCCCUGGCUGGAGUCCCAUUGACCCUGGGGGCCUUACGAGAGCGAGGAGUCGCACGAUGGGCAUGGGGCAGCUGAAGGGGUUGAUGGCUAUGGUCCAAGGAGGACCAGGCACGCCGGGGUCUUCCGGGCCUGAUAGCUCCCAAGCAGGAAAUUGA